AUGAGUCCUCGCGUUGUUCGCCGGUUUCGUCUCAUCAUCCAUAGAGCCAAACACACAGUCUCCCGGCAACGAAAGCCAACCAUAACCUCUCCCAAUGACAACGAACCUCUCUGGAAACACCUCCCGACCAACGUUCUGGUCCAGAUCCUCGCCCAAUGUGAUCUGUACGACAUCUAUUCUCUGAUCCUAACCUGUCGUCUGCUGCACCGGCGCAUCUAUCGCUAUGAACCCGCCAUCGCUCAGGAAUACCUUCGUCAACGACAACGACUACUGAGUCAGUUCUCCUUCACCGAGCUGAACUACGAUGAGCUUCUUCAUUCACCUGGAGACGAUCUCUCCUUCAUCUCUGUGCUCUUCCCGCCACCGCCCCCGCAGUACACCGGGAUCGAUACCGAUACGCGCGAUGAUCUCCCCGAGUACACACUAGGCUAUGUAGCAGAUCUAAACCGAUGCUGGACAACCUGCGUCCGACUCUCCUACUACCUGGCCGAAUACGUCGUCCACCACCAUUUACAGACGGAUGCACUGGCCCAGCCACUCUGGUCCUCCUCCAAGACCGAAAAAGAAGUCGUCUACAGUCGCGGCGUGGGUCUCCUUCAGACCCGUCUCCUCUACCCUAUUGCCUAUCUAAUCUUCUUCCUGGAAACGCACGCCGCCGCUCUCGACUCCAAACAACACAUCUCCCAACAAUCCAUCCUCCAACAACCCCCCUUCACCGAUACCUCCGUCCUCCUUUCCACCCACCACUGCAUGCACCUCCUUUGCUCCGCGGUCCGUCGUCUCAUGGCCCCAGAAAUCCCCCACGUCUCGACAGAAAACUGGCUCGGUCUACUCCUCACCACCUCCACCGUCGAACGACUCGUGGAUUUCUUCAUCGCCGCUGCUGCUGACGAGAUCCAAAGAACCUCGAGUCCUUCCUUGUCAUCAGCGUCAUCGUCAUCCCCGCCCACAUCCACCUGGACCCAUCGCAGAGAAUUCAUGUGGAAGAUGCGUAAGGAUUGGGACGAGUUCGUGGCGCUGAGCCGCGAGUCUAAUGUCGAUGCGUUGCCGAGUCUCGAGGGGAUUUGGUUCAAGGCUGCUCAGAGGGAAAUCUGUAGACGUGGUGCUAUCCCUCAUUGUGUUGAAGAGGUGCCAGUUUUGCAUGGAUCGGUGGUCGCUUUGGGGUGUGAGUUUUGUGAUGGGACGUUUUUGUGA